AUGAAUUGUUUGGUCUGCGAUCAAAAGGGCGCUGCUCGGCAUUACGGUAGUAUAUCUUGCAGGUAAGUAAAACGCGUACGACUGAGGUAUCUCUAAGUUCAUCUGAUUGAGCGAGGGCAGACUGGCUGACCUAGAAACCACUUUUUCGAACUUAUUCUGUGAUGAUUAUCGCACGUCGUAAUCAUCGGUUCUUUCUAACAAAAAAUCAAGAUCAAAACGCGAUUUUUUUGAACUCUGCAUGAAAAUGCAAGUCUAUUCGGUCCGUUGCUCAGGUUUUAAAGAAAUUGGAAGCAAGAUCAACCACUAAAUUGAACGUUUUCAGCGGUUGCAAAGGAUUUUUCCGCCGGUCCGUCCGCUACAACCGCAAAUAUGUGUGUACCUUCGAAAACAACUGCAAGAUCAGCAACGGUAAGAAAUCAGAGAUAAAGCAAGUCAACCCCGUUGAUUGCACGUCAAAUCACAUAUGCUCACGACUCUGUGAUCACUUCCUCUGAUCUUUUGGGUUUUCGGAUAUUUUUUGGGAACUUGGCGAACUUUCUUUUCGUUUCUUGGAUCCGAAAUGGAUUUUUUAGAGGCUUUCAACGAAACUUUAAAGGACAAUAAGCGCUCGAAAAUAAUAAGAAAGUGUGGGAUUACUGUAAAUUUUUUAAGUUGAAAAAAUUUCUGAUGCUUUAAAAUUUUUUAGCCAGAGAUGGAUAAAAAGCAAAGAUUACCGUUUUCUCCCCAAUUUAUUACCGUAAUCCGGUCUCUGUUACUUUUUAUUUCCUCGUCUCACCCUCCUCAUUACUAACAAUUGAUCUUUUCAGAAUACCGUAACUGUUGUCGCGCCUGCCGCUUCCGCAAAUGUAUCGAAAUUGGACUCGACCCCAAGAGUAAGUUCAUUUGAAACGUCCCUUACAAAUACUCGAAUUAAGAUCUUUGACGUCCGUCUGUUUACUCGCAAGUAUUCAAAUUCCAAUGGGGAAAAUGUCUCAAAUGUUUGAAUGGGCCAAUUAUUAGCUGUUUGAGCAUUUGAGCCUGGGAUUAAAAAAAAAACGAAUCUUUGAAGAUAAAUUUUUUGCCUUUCGGAGAUGAAAUUGAUCUCGUUGGUCGGAAAAACAGCUUGGGAUCCAACACUUUUUGAAGGGAUGAGACGACAAAUUUGGAAAAUCAAAAAAUUUUGUUUUUUAAAAUUUUGGCCAUAAAAAUGUUUGAUUUGAAAAAUUAAACUUUGACGUCAUAUUGGGUGCACUUCUUUUUAUCAGGUCGCUAAAAACGCUUCGAUCAUUUUGUAAAAAAAAUUGGAAUGCAAAGAAAUGAGGCUGAGAUGAGAAAACCAGCGCAAAAAGUAAAGUUAGCAUUUCAAAGUUCCAAUUUCCGUCUUAUUGCUUCUCAAUCUCAACAAAUUUUAUUUUUGUCUUUUCCUGUUUUCAAUCAAAAGUUGAGCGUUUGUACCCUCUAGACUACAUUCCACGUGUCACUCUUUUCUCCCCCUCAAACGGCUAAUUGUUUUUACACCUUUAAUUUAUAUCUCCACGAUUCCUUCAACACAGUUUUUGUCGUCUUACUCCAUGUAUUUUUUGUAGUUUCACUUUCAAAUUGACUCAUUGAACAUUCGGCUCCAUGCGUAUUUGUAACACAAGGUUUUGUUUUGUUGGGCUUUAUCUCGCCCCACAAAGUACCCGGUUGCACUGCGAAGAGCUGUGAAAUUUGCGGAAAAACGAUGGGAAAAACUGAUCCCGUUACGUAAUGAUCUCUUGGGUUGUGGUUGGGAGAAUGCGAAUACAAUUUUCAAUGCGAGAAUUACGGGGAAUAUAAAAUUGAAUGGAAUCGAAAGGGUAUUUGCGAUCCAGAGAUCAUUCAAAUUGAAGAAAACAGGUUAUUUUUGGGAAAAACAUUCGAAAAAUAUCAAAUAUCAAAAAUUCCCAAGUCUGAUUUUUAUCAUAACACCACUGUUACUCUCCAGUAACCCCACAGUGCCAUCAAUUUCAAUUUUCAAACGUCUACCCCACCAAAAAUUUCGAUUAAAUUCACCAUGACUAAUUUGUAGCUCAAAUGUUCAAAAGUUGAUCCAAAAAGCUGAAAACUUCGUAUCAUGGUUAAUAAUCUUAACGAAGAUGACUUAUUUAAUUAUUUCACAAUAGAAACGGCUAUUUUUCAAAGAUUUCAUCAGAAUUCCAGUUAGUAUUUAACAUGAAUCAUUUGAAAUGAGGUCAUGAGAAAAUUUGAAAAGAAAAAUUUAAAACACGAUUCUAACGAAAACGACAAAAAAUGUGAUCAUUCUUAGUUGCAUUCUUAAUACCCAAAAAUCGCAAAAAGAAUGACAUCUUGACAUCUAAAUACGCCUACAUUUUCAGUGGUCCACAGCGACCGUUCCUGCGACACGGUUCUUCGACGGAGGGCUCCAGAAGAUCGAGAGAACCGUCAUGAAGACGAUGGAAAUGAUACCUCCACUUCGGUGAGCCCUCCAAUUUUGGAGAAGAGUCCAGUUGAACAACUUGCCCUUGUCUAUGGAGAUGAACAACAAUUGAAUCUGUGGCAUACCACGAAUAUCAUUAGGCUGCAUCAGCUUUUCCAGGUAAUGCUUAUGACCGCAUUUUUUGAGUCGUCUUCUUUAGUCAAUUGUGUUUUUUGGGACCUUUCCCUAGAUAUUAUACAUACCGUAAGGGUAUAACCACAGAGGUUAGCUCAUGGAUAACAUGAGGUUUUAGAAAGUACUUUUACACCAAAAAUAUUGAUCAAAUACGGGUUAGGGAUCUUAUUCUAGAGCGUUCCUUGAUAGAUCAUUCCCCAUUGAUCUAUUUAUAAAAAACAUCUCUCUCCUGAUGUACCUUACUUUUCCAUCGUAGCUACCGAAAUCUAAUUGUGUUUCUCGCUUUUCUACGCAAUUUCUUUGACCCUUAGCUGUGCUAUGGUUCUGCAAUUAUGCUAUUAUCGUACACACACCUAUUCCUGCACGUGUACAAUGUCUUACGCAACAAUUGUUAGAGUGAUCUUCAAAAACGGCGAUAAAUUCUCCGCCGCUGAAACGAUAAACGCGCGCUGACGUCACAAGAGUAAGAAUCAGCCUUAAAAGAGGGUGUACUACAAAAAAAGUCGUGUCAAACCCCAUCGACCAUUUGGACUUUGAGAGAGAAAAAGGCGAAGAGAUCGGAACGGAACAUUCCCACGGAAAUAGAAACGUUUCGACCUUAAGAAAGAGGAGAAAACAGACAAAAUUUAAGGUCAACCCGGUCCAAAAAAGGAAUUAGACUCUAAGAUUACUACAUAUAGUUAGGUUAUGCGAUCAAUGGUCAUAAAUUUUGGCAAAUAUUUUGGAAGUAUAACAGAGAUUUAUAAAUUUUUGAUCUGAUGACGUCGGUAACUCAAAAACUCGUGAAAAUCUUUCAAAACAGCGCUUAUUUCGCUACAGUAUGCGUUAUUCUUGAUCGCUGCAAAGUGAUGAUACUUUUGAGGCUUAAACCGUUUAAACCCGCGAUAAUCCAGAUUUCCCCUAUGAGUUGCUUGUACUGUAAGAUAACUAUAAAAUUGCCAAUAUAACAGAUACGCAAUAAAAUCAAACCAUAACAACAUUUCAGCUCUUCUUUGAGCAUUUUCCGAGCCCUUCGCAGAUUUAGCUAAAACCUUUCGGUCAUUUGGGUAUUAAGAUGCUUUCCUUAUCAGUUGCCCUUGGUUUUCGAUGCAUUACGUCCAAUAUAUUAUAAUAUUCUUUAUCGGCAAAAACACAUAAAAAAUAGCGAUUGUUGAUUCUGAGCACCAAGUUGAGUCAGAGCCAUUGUCAUAUCGGGAUUAAACACAUCUUGACACUUAAAAUACUGUUUUCAAGUCAUCUCACUGCCCAAUUGACGUCAUUUUAUUUUUUAUGGCGUAAUUCGGUACUGUAACUUUGGUAAAAUUUUUGAGACAAUAAACUUAGGGAUUUAUUUACGAGCCACAUGAGGCUGGCUAUUCGUUGUUGAACUUGACGUCAUUUGGAUACGUUUUGAUUACCGUAUAACCAGGCUCUCCGUUUUGAUCAACAGCGAUCAAAACUACAAAAGCAAAGCCUGGAGCCCAUGUAGUUUGUUCGCUCAAUCGGUGCUUUUCCCAAUUCCGUAGGUGGUAAACUGUAAUCAUAUGGGGACUUUACUACUUUGAUUUUUGUUUGAUCAAGGCUUGCCCUAAAUUGGUGGAAACGUGGGUUACAAGCCGUUUGGUCUUUUAUGAUCUUGUUGUAAUGCAGCUUUAAAUACCUUGGUAUAGUCAUAUGGGGUUUAUUAUUGUUUUUUCCGUUGUCAAUAUGAUGCCCCUAAUUGUCCCUAAUAUUACGUUUUAUUGCCCCCAAAUGAUUUCUAAAGUUUUUGGGGACAGUCCCCAACUGAUUUGUGAAGCUUUACACUCAUCUUCCCCUUCCACCCCCUUCCCUUGAAGACUGUCAUUUUUGCAUGGAGUGCUGUUCCAUAAGCAGUCACAGCCCUGAACUUUUCUAGACUCGCCACGUCAUCGAACCGAAAAAGGUCCCUCGGGGCUGAAUCGGGCGAGAAAACAAGUCUGAAAGUCCGACUGUCCAGAAAAUCAGUUGCGAAACGCGGGGAUAUAUCUGCUUAUACCUUAUGUUGAAGCUCACAUCCAAAAAUCCCAAAAAUUCAUUCGGUUACUUACAAUAAAAAAGUUUUUGAAAAGAGCGAAAAGAAGAGCGUUGAGAUAGAGAGAGCAGCAAACCCGUAGAGAUUGGAGUUUGAGCUCUUGAUCAGGAGCAAUCGGGGAAAUGAUUCUAAGUAGGGUUGUGACAGCUACUGUAGGCACAAAUCCGCGUGACACGUUUAGCUUAAAUUAUGAAUCACAGUUGUUACAGAGGGGCCUAAAUGGAUUCUAAUACAUAACCUAUACAUGUACAAAUUGAUUUCUUCCAAAUGUUUUUUUGUUCCAAUCACUUUCUUCUAUGAUAAAUUUGCCUGUCAUCGUCUUAAUUAAAAAAAACUUAUCUGAACCCCAUUCCAGCUCCACCAAGAUAACCAGCCGCUGGGCGCUCGCAACGUAAUCGGACUCUUUGACCCCUCAUCGGCGAUAACAGUUCAGCGUUACUACGUACUCGUGGACCGGCUGGUCAACGACUACCACGAGCAUGACGUGAACCAUCUCAUUGGCGUCUCGCCCUUCCACAACGUCGACCUAAACAUCCCGUUGGAGUCGGCGUUGAAUGCCGAGCCGCGUCGAGUUUGUCAACGAUCCAAGGUAAAUAUUCAUGGAGAGAAUCUUGUAGUGCCCAUGUUGCGCAGACAAUAUGGUCAAGGGUAUAUUCGGUGACUGUUUUGUAGGCUAAGAAAAGGCGUCUGAGUUGGUCUCGAAAACGUUUUUUAUGUCAGUUGGGUUGCAUUAUAUGUCAUAUUACAUUACACUAUACCGGAAAUAACAGGCAAUUUUACCAACGUAGAGCCUACAUUGAAUUUUGUGUGGUCAUAAUAAUAAUUAUCUUACUAAAGAAGAGUUUCUUACUCAUUUAAACGGACCUAAAAUUACAGCUCGAUUGGACUGCCUCAUAUCCCCUCCCCACCUCAUGUUUCCCUCGGAUCUGGAGUCGAAUGUUCGUCGCCUACUCCGACUGGGCCUCACAUAUCCCCGAAUUGAAGAAGCUUUCAUUUGAAGACCGAACUCAACUUCUUGUGAGUCGAAUGACCUCCGUCUGGUGGCAUUGGAUUGUGCAUCAAACAGUCAAACAUAUCCCUACUGAACAACACGUCUUUCUGAUGACCGGUGGCAGUUAUUUGACGCUCGACCAAGAGAGCAUGGAGAAUUCGUUAGACAAGAGGUAAGCAGGUAAAAAUUGACUAUUUUAAGCGGAAUUUUUCGCUCUAAAAUUCUUAAAGUGCAAGACAUGUUGUUGUACAGCGUUUAACAGUACAACAUUUCAUUCGUAAUUUUUUGAACAUCAAAUUUUUUGGCGAAAAACAUUUAUAGGUUGAAAGCAACAGUUACAGUAACCCUAGAGGGCCUAAAUUUUUUGUGCUGUCUAGGCCCUUAGGUAGUCUAACAGCUUUAUCUUAGCCGCUGAUACUGGUUACACUUACACUUAUUCAUUACUCAUUUUUUAAGCAAAAUUAUCCACUGAGUCAUCGAAAAUGGAUAAAUUUACUACUGAUAAAAAUGGCUGUCAUUAUGAUUAAUUGAUUGUAAAUUAAGCCUAACUGACUCACCUAUGUUUUAGUUUAUGCGCCAAUCUCCGAAAAUCGUGCGAAUGGCUGUUUGACGAAGUCGCGCGACCAGCGCAAGACCUGCAAAUUACCGAUGGAGAAUUUUUACUGCUUCGACUAAUUUUGUUGUUUACUCCAUGUAAGUUUACUUGACUAAAAAUAAAAGGAGACAGUUCAAAAAUAGGUCCCUAUUAGAUCUAUUUUUACCUUUUUACUUUUUCAUCCACUAUAGAGUCAAAAAUCAAUUACAUUACUUCAGCCAAAGUUGAUUACAAAUUUCUGCAAAAAUUUUAUGCAAAAUUUAAUUUGCAUCUCAAAGUUUAAUUUUAAUUCCCCAAGGGUCCUUGACUUGCUUAAGAUGCCGUAUGGGUAAUUUCUUUCAAUUUCAGCUCCAUGUCUCUCUCCAGAAGGCAACGUAUUGGUGCGGGAAGCCCAAAAGUUCUACCGAUCCGCCCUGAGCGAGAUUGUCCUUCAGUCGCUGAAGUCGGAUCCGUUAGCUGCUUCGACCAGAAUUUGCAGUCUCAUGUCGCUUUGCACUCCGUUCGAAGUGAGUUUAUGCCCUAUCAUACUAGGAGAUAAGUCAUCAGAAAAAUGAAUUUUUUCGGAAGUCUCGGAAAUUGGCCGUUUGCCCGCUGGUCUUCAAAAAGCUCGUAGGUCUUAAUCAUACCAUAUUGGGGGUGAUAACAAAUCCAGAAGUCAUCAUUUUGCGUCAUUGACGAUUAAAUUUACUUUAGAAGUCCAUUAUUUAUAUUAAACACCCGGUUUUGGGGUUUAAGUCAUUGUUUCUUAAAAAUUCCUGAGAUUCUUGAAUAGAAAUCCUCUAAAAUCCUCUUAUCUUCUUUGAAGCCUAAGUAUGAAGCGGAUCACAUUUCUUUAACACAAUAAACAUGUUGACAUUUCCGAUUUCUUUCAGCACAUGGCCCAAUUCGAGACCGAAAGCAUGACUUUGCUGGUGCUUAACGGAAUCCAAGGCUCGGCUGGUCGCCUUCCUGGAGAGUACUAUGCACUGCGCACCAAGUCGUUGAUCUAA